CUGUAGAACCCACAGUGAGGCAGACCACGAAGACCAUUUCAAGACCGACACAAACCAGCUUCGAGGCUGGGACAGUGACAGCAUGCAUGAUGCCAGCAACAACGUCGACUCUGACAAGGAGGAAGAUACUACAGACCCAGAUUCAAAGAAGCAGCGUUUGUAUAAAGCACCAAGGUUCUUCAAGGUGAAGAAGAGGCAACGACAGGCCGUUAUAUCAAGGUCUCCAUUCUCUACCGACCGCCAAUAUGACAUCCCAAAGGGGAGGCCCCUGGACAUAAAGAAGGGCAACAGUUCCACCACACAGUUUGUGGAAUUCCAGAAAUCUGCAUCAAACUGGAAGCCACCCCGAAAGUUUGAACUGCAACCCCUUGAGAAGAAAAGUACAUCGUUCUGGGAGCCAAGGUCAAGUGGAGGUCGGGCCCGGAAUAAAGGUCAAACACAGGAUGAUGAAGCAAAUUUGUCGGCACUGGAGAGGAAGCGGAGGGAGUUUGAGAGAAGCUUGUCACCUGACUCAGGACUGGACAGCGAGGUUGUGACAGUUUCAGAGUCACUGAAGGAAUCCACAGAGGACAAUUUUAGAGACUCAACACAACAAAAUACAGAAACUGAUUUGGAGUUACCAGGUCUAGGAGAAGAUCAACAGUAUGACUCUGGUAAGGAAGCCAGCACAACAGAAAGUCCACGUCAGUCCCUCAGUCCCACAAGCCCCAAGAAACAGAGAUCGGCUAUCGUCAAGAAAGAACGUUCACCAAUACAAUUCACAAGACGUAAGACCCCUGAGGUGACCCCUGAGGUGACCCCUGAGCCAGAGGAGACCAAAUCUGUGGAUGACUGGAGCCCUCUACCCCCCAGCAGAGAGAAGACAUUGACUCCGCCCCCUCAGGAGCAGCACAUCCCUAACGUCGGCAUGCCAGAUCUACCCCAGUUUAGACAGGAGCAGAAGGAAGGAAAGAGAUCCAAGGCUCAGAAGUUCUUUGUGGAGGGACCCCCUGAAAUGAAGGCUCCCCCGAAGAAAAGGAAAUCACCCCCGAAAGUGAGAAGACUUCCCAAGAUGCACUAUCGGAAAAAGUCUCGGCCAGCUGAAGCCCCCAUGUCAGCAGGUGCACUACAAGAAGUCAGUGAUCCACUUGACUUCCUUGCCAAAUACUGCAUUAUCAAUCCCAACCGUCUGCCCUUCUAUGAGGUCAUCUUUGAGAACAUGGUAACCGACCAGACGCCAAGGUAUGAACGCCCGCGAGCGGCUGCUGAACCUGUGGAAAGACAGGUCACAGAGGUGGUCAAGGUCAAGGGCAAAGGCAAGAAAUCUUCAAAGAAGUCAGAGGAGGAGGGUUUGUCUGAGCACGAACUGAAGCUGGCACGGGACAUGCUGCUUAUUAACCACGGACAGAGCAUCACAAGCAAUAUCGGACAGAACAUUCCUGAGGAGUACCGUGAGAAGAUUGUGUACACCCUGGACAGCCUGCAGCAGAAGGCAGCAGGCCUGGAGGCUCAGCUCACCCAGCUAGACAUGCAGCGAGUGUCGAUGCUGGCGGAGAGCACAAGGACCCUGCUCCCAGACGUAUGUGCUCAUGAUUAUGUGCCCCCAGACAAGAAAAAGGGAAAGAAAGGGAAGAAAUCUAAAAAAGGACAAGGAGAUGGAGCUGGCAACGCCCCGGCGCCGAGGGGAACCUAUCCCAGACGUAGUGAUUGUGGAGAGACUGACUGAUGACCAGCUCACCAUGUUGAGUUCUGAUCCGGAGGUCCGCCAGCUGAACCUGGAGAGGGAGAGAACCAAAGAAAAGAUCCAUGAUGUCCACAACCGCCUGCAGCAGCUAGA